AUGUCUGCAGCUUGCGUGUAUGGACCAUGCAAAACUUUAGUUACAACUGUCCCCAAAAUGUGGAAAUUAUCCUCCAGUUGCAACAUGUGUGCAUUUGGUAUUUUAAUAAAAAGUAGACUGUACAAUUCUAUGAGUGCAUGCAGCAUUUUUGUGAAGAAAGUCAAACAAUACGACAGACCUUUGGUAUUAUGUAGCCUCUCCCGGUUUUUGAGAGAACGAACCACGGGAUGUCCGUCAAUCUGUCGGACAUUUACGUCCAGUAAUGCGGUAUGCGAGAGGCACAACAUUUGCGACAAGAAAACCUUGUUGGAGUCGAAGUCCAAUAAACUCCAAGGUGUUCUUAAAGAAAGGAAAGAUCGAAUUAAAGUGAGCGGCCAAAUACUUCUAAAUGAUAUUCGGGAAACAAAAAAUAAAAUGAAGGAAAAAAUGGAAGAAGUAAUUGAACGUGAAAACGUGUUUACAAUCCCAAAUUUUCUCUGUGUAUCUCGAAUAAUAAUAUCUCCAUACUUAGGUUAUGUUAUUAUUCAAUCUAAUUUUCAACUUGCAUUUGGAUUGUUUGUUUUUGCAGGAGUAACUGACUUAAUUGAUGGUUGGGUGGCCCGUACUUAUCCUAGUCAAGCUACAAAGAUAGGCAGUUUUCUUGAUCCAAUGGCUGAUAAAAUUCUAGUUGCUAUAUUGUUUGUGACAUUGACAUACAUAGAAUUAAUUCCAAUUCCUUUAACAAUAAUGAUUAUUGCAAGAGACUUGUUGCUUGUGAUAGCAGGAUUUUAUAUACGCUACCAGUCUUUGCCUCCUCCUAAAACCUUGCCUCGGUACUUCGAUGUCACUCAUGCUACUGCUCAACUUGCUCCCACGUUUGUUAGCAAAGUAAAUACAGUUGUACAGUUGAGUUUAGUUGCCACAACAUUAGCAUCUCCAGUUUUUGGAGGUGUAAAUCCAGAGGUCAUUCAUGGGCUAUGGUAUUUAACAGCAGCAACGACUGUAGCAUCUGCUUGUAGUUACAUUUUUUCUAGAAAUACAUACAAGUACUUGAAACCUAAAAAACAAGAUAAAUAG